AAGUGACGCAAGGUGUAGUGCGUCGCGGCUGGCAGUUUGAAGGAUCCGGUCAGCGACUGACAGCAGAAAAGAUUCCACAAUCAUGGAUGAUUCCAGCUCAGACUCAGAUGACAGUAAGACGAUCAUCCAUCAUCAAAUUAGAUUUAUGAGUGAAGCAAUAUCUGAAAAAUAUUGUCAAAUUAAGCCAAAAAAUAAUAUGGAAGCUGCUCACAUUUGGUGUUCUGUCAUUCCAGUAAAUAAUCAGGUGCAUUGGCAUACAAUAGCCAUAAACUUACUAUGGCCAUAUUUAUUUGCUCAGGCAGAAAAGGUUGAUCGCUGUCUACAGUGGGCCUUUGCCGCGAAAUUCAUAGAUGCAGAGAAUUAUGAUGUCUUUGAAAUGAAUAUUGUAAAGCUCCAAAAUAUUGAGCUUCUGGAAACAGUGGUUGAGGCAAUAAAGAAACAUCACUGUUCUACAACAUUUCUGUCCUGUUUAUUAGAUUUAUGGAAUGAAGUAGAUAAGAAUAAUUAUGACCUCAAUGAGGUCAUUGAAAUGAUCGAAAACACAGGAGAAUUUAAUACUCUGCGUGCGGAAGUGAACUCUGGAACCAAACGAUCACGGAUGUCAGCUGUUGCGAUCAUCUGCUUUCAAUAUGCAUAUAUUGUAAAGAUGGUCUUAGGUGGUGAAAAUAUUCUUAAUUUAGUGCCAAAAGGAGAUCAUCAGAAAAGUGAAGAAUAUAAAAAAAAAGGCAAUGAAGAAUUUAAAAAUGAAAACUAUGAAGCUGCAGUAAGCUGGUACUCCAAGGCAAUUGAUUUAAGGCCUGAUAAUCAAAUUCUGUAUGGAAAUCGAGCGCUCUGCUUUUCACGAAUUGAAAAUUACGGGAAAGCACUUGGUGAUGGAAAACGAGCCAUUGUAUUGAAACCUAAUUGGCCCAAGGGUCAUUAUCGUCUGUGUGAUGCCUUAUUUUCGAUCGGAGAGCACAAACGAGCCAUCGAUGCUAAUGCUAAAGCUCAGGAAUUAUGCAAAGAUGUUUCAGAUGGAAUUCGAGAUUUAAUUCAGCAGAAAGAAAAGUUCCUUAAAAAGCUGCAAGAUGAAAAUCAUAAAAGAUCAAAGAAUGAUGGGUUAAAAGAAGAAGCAAACACCAAAAAAGAGCAGUCAAAAGUACCAAUUAAGCCAGUAUUUGAAAGCCUCAAGAAUGAGGCCAAGAGAAACCAGGAAAGAAAUGGAAUGAGAUCACGUCUUCCACACCACCCAGAAAAGGUGCUGAUGCCUGUAAAUAACUCAAACAGCAUGAUGAAUGAAUUGAAGUCUCUGAUUCAUGAUGGGCAUAUAGCCUUAUCGGACAAGCGUGCCCACAAUGCAAAAUAUGCCUUCUUAAAGGUGCUGAACCUAGUGAAUCCUGAAAAACUACAGGAAGCAUCUUUGUCCACUAGUGAAUAUGUGAUAAUUAUCUAUGGUCAUGCCUGUGCCCUCCUUGGUAUUGGAUUACCUGAGGAGCUGACUGAGGCUGAAAAUCAAUUUAAUAAAAUCUUGGAGCAGUUCCCAGAGCAGCGACUUGACUGUUUGGCAUUCUACGGCCUGGGCAAAGUGUACUUCCGACAGAACAGAUUUGCUGAUGCUUUAGAUCCUUUCACUAAGUCCUUAAUUAUGGUAAACCGUAAGAUUGUUCCAGGCAUACUAACAUGGCCCACAACAACUGUUGUUAUUGAAGAAACACAGGCUGAAAAAUUAAAGGCUAUGUUGGAAGAAUACAUAGAGAAAUGCCGAUUUCCUCCCGUACCCGAUGCAAUCUGCCGCUAUCAACAUUGCCAGGGACAUUCUAAGGUCCAGAUCUACUUCACAGACCCUGAUUUUAAGGGUUUUAUUCAAGUAAUGUGCUGCCUCCAGUGUUGUGUGGAAUAUCACAUCAAUUGCUGGAAGAAAUUGAAAGCAGCUUCCUUUGAAGAUAAAAAUGACAAGGAAUUUCUCAGAAGUCAAUGUUUCACGCCUGACUGUGGAGGACAGAUUUCCAAAAUUGUCAUCUUUAAUUCAAAAGGUCUUGUGAAAUGCGAGUUUGAGGCUAAAAUAACUAAAAGCAAAGACCCUGCAAAAACAGUUGUGAAGCAGAAAUGUUCAAGUGCAUUGAAAUUGAAAAUUAAAGAAGAUCGUAAACAAUUCCGAAAACAGUUGAAAAAAGAAGCUUCAAGGUACAACGCUGAAAAACAGAUAAAAGAAAAGACUGAAAAAAAUAGCAAAAACGACGAAACCAAUUCUAAAACAGGUCAUUCAUGGAAUCCUCUAGGCGAUCGAAUGUUGCAGCUGAUAACUGAGAACAAGGAACAGUUAAAAGCUGGGGUGCAGAAUGUUUCAAAUCUACUUCAAGAAUUGCUUUCAUUUCAUGUUCUAAGUGAACAGGAUUAUGACAUACUUUGUGCAGGUUCCUCCAAAUCAUGCCAGAUUAUGGGCCAACUUCUUGACCUCAUUGUACUAAAGAAUAACAGAAUAAAAACCAGGGAAUUCCUCUACACACUGAGCAAGUGCCAAGAGGUUGACAACAAGCUGUUAGAUUGGAUCAAUUGGUUAAAUGAUGCAGGCAGUGAAGCAGCUGAGCUGUUUCUGAAUCGUUACUCAAACUGCAUAGAGCAGUUGGAUUUGAACUCUCUACUAGAGUUGUUGGAUGCAUCGAAGAUUGAUCUCCCAUUCUCUGAUAGCACUAAAGAAAUUGUAGAGCAGUUGAAACAGGCAUCACCUACAAAAACCCGCAGUUUUAUAUGGAAGUUGGAGGAAAAAAGAGAACAAUUUCCAUCCCUACACGUUCCUUUAGAUGAAUAUUUUAAUACAAUGGAUGCUCCUUAUACUGUACUAAAGAAACAGGAGAAUGAAGAAUUAUCUAAUAUUGGCCUUAGGAGUAAAAUUAGAAACAGAAAAAAGAAACCAAAGGAUUCCAAGCCUUUUCUCCUUCUGUCUGGGUCAGUCAGAACUGGAGCCCGUGAGGAUGAGGAUGAUGAAAUAUUCUCCGAUGAUGGCAUCCUGACACAAAUGAGCUCUGCAAUUCCUUUUACGGUACCAGAACACCUUCGUGUUCAGCUUGAGAAUUUUGAAGAUAGUUACGAUUCUCAAAUAUAUGGCAAUCAUUACCAGCGGGUCCUAGACAAUAAUCCAGACCCAACACGUGAAAGCCUGUAUGAUUACUUUGCUCAAAUUCUGAAUGAACAUGGUCCAAUGGAAAUUGAUAACCCCAUGUUAGUUGGAGAAUUCGAAAACUUCCCACCAGAGGCCCAAGAGCUGGUGCAAAAGACAGGUGGCUUGAAAUCAUUCCUUAUGGAAUCACUGCGAUUUGUGGUGAUUAACAAUCUGAUAGGACUGAUGAAGCAUGCAGUACAAUUGAAGAGCUUGGCUAUAAAUGAAAAAGCAGCAGCAAGAGGCACUGAAGAAUCCGAGAUUAACUCAGAUGAAGUUUCUAAUGAAAGCCUACGUCCAAUGGCUCAUCUCAACCCCACCGCUAAGGAAUUUAAACCUGUGUCUUUUCAUCAAUCAUCUUUGUCAUGUCCAUCAGUUACAAGUUCACUAAGUGAAAUACAAAACCCUAAUCAGCAUAUACAUUAUGAUACUGAAAUUAAUCUUUCAACAGAUAAUAUGUAUAUGAAUAUUAAUCCAUAUUCUGAUGCAAGACCAGAUAUUCAUAACUCAGAUAUGAGCUUAUUGAAUCAUAACUCGGUGACUAGCAAUUCACUCACUGAUCAUUACUUAAAUGCAGUCGCUCCUGCUGCUCAAUCAUCUUCUAAUCCAACGUUCUGCAAUGAUGUAUCAUCCACUCAUAUACCUUCUGAUAUACCACAAGCAAUCCCUAAUUUUUCAAAUCUAUCUUUUACUAAUUAUAAUUAUCAGUUUCAUUCUUUCAAUUCUGAUGGAGGAUGUAACCCCAUGGCAAAUGAAAUGGAACAUAUGAGACUGUCAUCUAGUGCUAAUACGACAGUAAUGGGUGCACUUGAAGAAAUGCCUGAGAGCAAUUUUAAAUGUGAAGAUACUAAUGGUGCAUCAAGCAAAAUAAGCAGCAGCGAGUCUGAUACAAGUUACAAUAAGCAUGAAAUUAAACGAGGUCCAUUGCUAAGGACCAUUGCAGUACAGGCUCAUCAGGAAUCUUUAUGUAAUACCAACAUCAAUACUGAUCCUUUACAGCCAUUUGAAAAUCAACAGGGUGAUAUUUUGAGAAUUGAGAAAGAGCAUCAUGUUCUGCAGAAACAACUGCAAGAAGCAGAAGAAAAAUAUGAUCAGCUUGCAAACCGAAGCAGAGAUGAAAUUACUGCACUUGAAGAAAAGAUGUCUGAAUUAAUAAAGCGAAAUGAGUUACUAAAAUCUGAGCUUGACUUGUUACGCCAAGACUUGGAAAGUGAAAUCAAGAAGAGUCAACAAGAAAAGCGAGAAAAUAAUGAUAACUUAAAAAUACUCAAAUCAAAAGUUAAAUCACUUGCUGAUUUAAAUCAAAUGCACAGUGAAAAUAUUCAGGAAAACAAACAACUUUAUGAGAAACGUUUACAAGAAUUUGAACAAAUAAGUAAUCAGUCAUCUAGAGAAAAGAAGAAGCUGGAAGAAGCCAUUAGAAAGAGUGAUGACAUGUACCAAGAAACUAAUAAAAGAGCGACUGAUGCAGAGGUGUCUGUGCUGGAGAGCUGGUGGAGAACACAGCUCUUUUCCCAUUAUAGAGCAGCUGACGAUGCCAAGCGUAUGAUAGAUAAAAUGAAAGCACUUACCAGAAGCCCAAUCCCAACUAAUCCACAACAACAAAUGUCAGUUGCAGCCUGGAAAACAUUUCUAUUUACAAUCAACCAACAAAUCAAUCAAAGUGAGACAGACCUUAAUAACCAGUUGACUCGGUUAAAGAAUGGAGCUCAUCUAAGCAGCCUUCCACCGAUCUCUAUUCCAAGUCUCCCAGCACCUCCAAACUCUAGCAUACUACUGGAGAAUGAUGAUCCUGCCAUUAUAGCAUCUUUCUCUUCUGCAAGUAAAGAGUUGCAGAUGCGAAACCAGAUUGCAACUAUUGCACAAGCCUCAGCCGCUGCAGCACCGAAACCUCUGAUGGCUUUAAUGCAAACAGCCCCAAGGACUGCUGAAGCAACGGCUAAGGCUUCACCUGUAACAUGCAGCUUACAAAGCCAGUCUUCCUUAAACCAAAUUCAACAUGAUAGUUCUUUGACAACGCCACAGUCUGCCUGGAUACCAGUAAAUAAUAGAUCAGGCACACGCAUUGUACCAGAAAUUGCAACGUCUCCUGAUACUCUGCAUUCAACAAGUCAACCUGCAAAUGCAACAUCUCUGCAACCCAAAAGCAGCUUUGAUAAAAUCAUCAGCCGUCUUUUGACCAUGUUUCCUCAUUAUUCAAGCACCCAUCUGACUAAUUUCAUUAAAGAGGUUCGUAAUGCAAAUGGCGGUUCCCUUUCUGGAUUAGUAUGCGAUGAAAUAAUUAAUCGAGUGGCAGAACUCAUUUUGGAUCAUCAGGACAAAACAAAGGUCCAGGUUGCGCCUGCCACCUUUCAACUGCCAGCAACUCUUGUUCAACAAAAGCCAACGUCUGACUUUGGUGUUUCACACACAGUACCUGCAGCAUCAAGCGAAGGUUUGAGACCAACUACUGUUUCAGCUGCUAGAAAUGCCCAGUCACAGCCUUGGAAAGUGAACAAAGUUCAGACUGCUUCGCAAUGGCAUGAAAGCACUCCUCCAACAUUUGAUGAUGAGCCUUGUAUUAUUUGUCAUGAAGAUUUAACACCAGACACUAUGUGUGUGCUUCAAUGCAAACAUCACUUCCAUAAAAUGUGUAUCAAGAAAUGGCUAAAAGAGAACAGCACUUGUCCAACAUGUCGGGUUCAUGCUCUCCUGCCUGAAGAUUUUCCUGAACUGUCUGGAAUGAUAAAAAAUAUACAAACAUAUCCUUUUUAAGCAUGUGAUCUAAGAGGGGAUUGACAUAUAAUUGUCAGAGUUAUUUUGAUCAUUACUUUUUGCAACUUUCAUUUUUAUUUUCAUGAAGCUGUUUGCAAUUUUAGGAUAGUAUUACAUGCAGGGUUCAGGGAGAAGGUGGCAGGGACAUUGCUUAUUUGAAGAAGGAACAUGGACAUAAUUGACAAUAUCCUUCUGUGCUGGAGCAAUUCAAGUGUCGUCUUUUAACGUCCGAGGACUAAAUGACGCUUGGGUUGAAUAAAAGAAGAGUCUUUCAGGAUUUGUCGACAGAAUUAUUUAUUGAGAACUCUGAAGUUUCUUGAUGGAUGUCAGUGUGACACCAUAUUGAAAAUUAUGUGGUGAUCGUGGAAGGGGGACAACCUAAUUCAGUUGUUCCCUCUUGAGCUAAUCCCAGCCAUCCUUGCUCUUCAUUUCCAAAGCAAUGCUGUGUUAUAGAUAUAAGGAACAAGCUUGCAAUUUUAAUAUUUAUACAAUAUAAUCUUUUAAGUUUUUUUUAAUUCAUGGAAAACCAGCUGAAUAUUCUAUAUAAAUCAAAGCCUUCUGCACCACCGUGUGCCAUAUUGAUUUUCUUUUCAUACCACUACUCAUCAUGUUAAAGACACUUAUUCCAGGAGAUAACUAUUAUAUCUAGCUAGUACAACCUGGACUCUUGCUCAGUAAUCCACUCUCCCUCUUCCUCCCUCUCUUCGGUCCUUCCUUUGAUUAUUACUUAAUCCUUCAAUCUCAUUGAAUAAGACAUUUAUUACAGAAGCCAUAAUUCUGACAACUAAGAAUAAAAAUGUUUUCCAACUCCAUAGGCCUGAAUCAAUUGGGCAAUCUUUGGUCAUGAGUAAUCAUAAUUUCUGACCAUAGAAUUGUAGUAUUUCCAGCAUUGUCUCUUUUACUUUGCUUUGAAGGUGGGUUCAGUUAGUAUUCAGACUUGUCAAUCUCACUUAAAAUCUCGUCACUAUUUUGAAGAUGGAGUGAGGUAGUGGAAGAGACUACUGAAUGAAAAAUAAAUACAAAGUGCUGGAAAUAUUCAGCAGAUCUGGUAGCAUCUGUGGAGAGUGAAAAGGGUCAACUGUUCAGGUUAAUAAUUUUUAAUGUUAAUUUGAUUGUGUAAGAAAGUUUAGUGUGGAUGGUAUGGGUCUGUGGGAGAAAAUGUUGCCCACACCAUGUUUCCACCCUAUAAUGUUGUAUUGAUCUUAUGAACUAAGUUUGAGGUGAUGGUAUAUUAAACAUUGUGUAAAACCAA